CGAUAAUUUGUCUAGCCCGAACCCCGAUCCGCAUUCCUAGACACCGGGCGCCGACAUGUGCAGCUUGUUUGCUUAUCCUGUCCUAUUAUUCUAUGGCGUCCGUUUCUUUGAUGUCUCUAUCUUUCCACCAGGUCUAUUUUUUUGCGCCAGUGUAUUUUACAUUCUACCAACCUAGGCUAUUUUACAUUCCUUUCUCUUUCUUCGCGACAUCUUUCACCUUAACUUUCUUACCUUCUUUACUACACUUUUCCUUAUAAUGCCGUCCCCGUAGAGUUUCAUCCACAACUCGAGUAAACAUACACGCGUACGAGCUACGUGCCUCCCUUUUUCAGGGCUUGUUGAGAUUUUCCUUCUUGGCUCAACAUGGACGACAGUAGACUCACUCCAGCAAAUAUGGAUGUACCUGGAGGCUUCCCCGAGACGCCCUCUCGUACUUCGCUUCAUCAACAGACAUCUACGAGUCGAGAGUUCCCGCUUGGCACAAGCACAAACCAAGAAUCAUCUACUUCGGUCACUAGAACCCAACAUGUCAGCAACGGCACUUUUACUUCGGCUCAACUUCAUCGUCGGUUAAACGACGCACAUGUCGAUGGUACUGCUGAAUCAAUUUCUGAUCAAGUUACUAGACCGAGUGAUGCUAGUCCCUCCUCGUCUGGACAGCAUGUUACGGCAACCCAAGUCGCUAACAACCCUGGCGAAUCAUCAUCGGAUGAAUCUGAGCAGACAGAGGUUGAGCCUCGCUUUGAACCUAUUAAGUCGACAGCAGAACAACCUAGUCUAGAACGCAAGCAAAGCAAUGCUAGGACUGAAGAUGAGAUUUUUCAGGUACUGACACGGCGUCGAAGUGCUGCCUCCGGGGCCGAGUCUCAGGAGGAUCACGAUGAGAUCGAACGACUAAUGUCUCGUAUGUUUGGCGAAGCUCGUCAACAGCACAGCGAAGAGGAAAAGACGAGACAUGCGGGUGUUAUCUUCCGCAACCUCACUGUCAAGGGAGUCGGCCUUGGAGCUAGUCUACAGCCUACGAUUGGAGAUCUCUUUCUCGGCCUACCACGAUUUAUGAAGAACUUGUUGACCAAAGGGCCGAAGGCUGCCUUCGCCAAGCCCCCUGUACGGGAACUUCUCAGUGACUUCAAUGGGUGUGUCCGACCAGGAGAAAUCCUGCUUGUUCUUGGCAGACCCGGUUCCGGUUGCACGACGUUUCUGAAAACAUUUUGUAACCAACGAGCGGGUUACGAGGAAGUCCUGGGCGACGUUACCUACGGUGGUACGGACGCCAAGCGCAUGGCCAAAGAUUUCAGAGGCGAGAUCAUCUACAACCCAGAAGAUGAUUUGCACUACGCUACACUGUCAGUCAAGCACACACUUACCUUCGCUCUUCGGACCCGGACUCCCGGAAAGGAGUCGCGAAUGGAAGGUGAGAGCAGGGAAGACUAUGUAAGGGAGUUCCUUCGAGUAGCUGCCAAGCUGCUUUGGAUUGAACACACUAUGGACACCAAGGUUGGCAACGAAUACGUCAGGGGUGUUUCCGGCGGAGAGCGAAAGCGUGUCAGUAUUGCCGAGGCUCUCAUUACACGAGCCAGUGUUCAAGGAUGGGACAAUUCGAGUAAGGGUCUCGACGCAUCGACUGCCGUCGAGUACGUUCAGUCAUUGCGAGCCCUUACCAACAUGGCUCAGGUCUCGACCGCGGUUUCUCUGUACCAAGCUGGAGAGUCUCUGUACAACCUCGUCGACAAAGUGUUACUGAUCGACCAAGGCCAAUGCCUGUACUACGGUCCUUCCGAUCGCGCGAAACAGUAUUUCCAAGAUCUCGGCUUCGACUGCCCUGAACGAUGGACGACUGCCGACUUCCUCACCUCCGUUACCGACCCUCACGAGCGUAGCGUCAGGCCUGGCUGGGAAGACCGAAUCCCCCGGUCAGCUCAAGAUUUCGCCGAUGUUUUCAGAAAAAGCGAGGCCUGCCAGCUCAAUCUUGACGACAUCAGCGAUUACGAAGCUAGGCUCGAGGAGGAACAGCGCGUCCGAGCCGAAAACAUGUCAAAGAAGACCAAGAAGAAGAAUUACACUAUACCAUUUCACCAGCAAGUAGCUGCCCUCACUCAACGUCAAGCCCUAAUCAUGAUGGGUGACAAGGCUUCCCUAGGGGGUAAAUGGGGUGGUAUUGUGUUCCAAGGUCUCAUUGUGGGAAGUUUAUUCUACCAGCUCCCGGGUACAGCAGGUGGCGCCUUCACACGAGGUGGUGUCCUGUUCUUCAUCUUGUUGUUCAAUGCGCUGUUAGCUCUUGCUGAGCAGACGUCUGCAUUCAUGUCCAAGCCCAUCCUACUCAAGCACAAGAACUUUUCCUUCUAUCGACCCUCCGCCUAUACGCUAGCACAAACUGUCAUGGAUGUGCCGUUGGUUUUCAUCCAAGUACUGCUAUUCAAUGUCAUCAUUUACUGGAUGGCAGGACUAUCGGCAACUCCGUCCCAGUUUUUCAUUUCCAUGUUGAUUCUCUGGAUGACAACAAUGACGACAUACGCCUUCUUCCGUGCAAUUUCGGCAGUUUUCAAGACCUUAGAUGAUGCUACCAAGGUGACUGGAGUCGUCCUUCAGAUCGUCAUUGUCUACACCGGCUAUCUUAUACCGCCUAAAUCGAUGCAUCCAUGGUUUGGAUGGUUGAGAUGGAUCAACUGGGUGCAAUAUGCAUUUGAAUGUCUCAUGGCUAAUGAGUUCUACGCACUAGACCUGGAAUGCACGCCUCCGUUUCUUGUUCCCCAAGGUCAAGGUGCUACACCACAGUACCAAUCAUGCACAUUAGCAGGUUCCAAACCCGCACGCACCAGUGUCUCCGGCGCCGACUAUAUCGAGUCAUCCUUCAACUAUUCUCGUAGACAUCUCUGGAGAAACUUCGGUUUCCUAUGGGCUUUCUUCCUAUUCUUUCUCGCUAUAACCAUGAUAGGAAUGGAAAUGAUGAAACCCAAUGCAGGUGGUGCUGCCGUAACUGUCUACAAGCGUGGCCAAGUACCCAAGGAACUUCAGAAGUCUAUCGAGACUGGUGGUCGCAAAGGCAAUCUGAGCGACGAGGAAUCUGGUCGAAGUGGCGAAAAGAUUUCUGCUCCUGAAGACGAGUCUGCGGCACAGGGAAGACGAGAUGAAGAAGCCAUGAAAAGUGUCGCAAAGAAUGAAACGGUGUUCACGUUCCAGAAUGUCAACUAUACAAUCCCUUACCAAGGUGGUGAAAGGAAGUUACUACAGAAUAUCCAAGGUUUCGUUAGACCUGGUAAGUUGACAGCCUUGAUGGGAGCCUCCGGAGCUGGAAAAACAACGCUGUUGAAUACCCUGGCGCAAAGAAUCAAGUUUGGUGUCAUCACUGGCGACUUUCUCGUAGACGGACGGCCUCUUCCGAAGUCAUUCCAAAGAGCUACAGGAUUUGCUGAGCAACUUGAUAUCCACGAGCCGACUGCAACCGUUCGCGAAGCCCUGCAAUUCUCCGCGCUCCUCCGUCAACCAAAGGAGGUUCCAACCAAGGAGAAGUACGAAUACUGCGAAACGAUCAUCGACCUACUUGAGAUGCAAGACAUUGCUGGCGCAACAAUUGGAACAGUUGGAGAAGGUCUCAAUGCGGAACAGCGCAAGAGACUCACCAUUGGCGUCGAACUUGCAUCUAAGCCAGAAUUGUUGAUGUUCUUGGAUGAACCUACGUCUGGUCUUGACUCAGGAGCAGCGUUCAACAUUGUCCGAUUCUUGCGCAAGCUCGCGGAUGCUGGCCAGGCCAUCUUAUGUACUAUCCACCAACCGUCUGCUGUUCUUUUCGAGAUUUUCGACGAAUUGAUCUUGCUCAAGUCUGGAGGUUGUGUGGUGUACGCUGGCGAGCUCGGAAAGGAUAGUCAGAAGUUAAUCAACUACUUCGAAUCCAAUGGCAGUCCGAAGUGUCCCCCGGACGAGAAUCCGGCCGAGUGGAUGUUAGAGGCUAUCGGCGCGGGCAAUCCUGAUUAUAAGGGUCAAGAUUGGGGCGACGUUUGGUUGAAUUCCAAGAAUUUCCAGGAGCAAUCCAAGGAAAUGGAGCAAAUGAUCGAGAAGCGCCGACACGUUGAGCAUUCGAAGAAUAUCCAGGAUGACCGCGAAUACGCGAUGCCCUUGUGGACGCAGACAGUCGCUGUCACGAAACGUACCUUUGUCGCCUAUUGGAGAUCUCCCAACUACAUCAUGGGCAAAAUAAUAUUGCACAUAUUUACGGGUCUGUUCAAUACCUUCACGUUCUGGCGUCUAGGGUCCUCCACUAUCGACAUGCAAUCUCGUUUAUUCUCGGUAUUCAUGAACCUCACUAUCUCACCUCCGUUGAUUCAGCAACUCCAACCAGUAUUCCUCAACUCGCGAAACAUCUUCACGUCUCGCGAGAACAACUCCAAGAUAUAUUCUUGGUUUGCGUGGACUACUGCCGUGGUGCUUGCAGAGAUUCCUUAUGCCAUCAUUGCAGGGGCCGUCUACUACAACUGCUGGUGGUGGGGAAUAGGAGGUUACUCGAUGUUGGGAUUCCGAUCCGGCUUUAUCUUCUUACUCACAAUACUCUUUGAGCUAUACUACGUCGGCUUCGGUCAGGCUAUUGCGGCUUUCAGUCCCAACGACCUACUGGCGAGUUUGCUCGUGCCACUCUUUUUCCUCUUUGUCGUCUCCUUCUGCGGUGUCGCCGUACCCCCGGGUCAACUCCCGUACUUCUGGCAUUCGUGGAUGUAUUGGCUCACACCAUUCCACUACUUGAUGGAAGCCUACCUGGCAACUAUCAUCCAUGGGCAAGAAGUGCGAUGUACAGAAGACGAGUACUCAACCUUUUUCCUUCCGCCAGGCCAAACCUGCGAUUCGUACACGGGCGAGUACGUGGGGCAGGCAGGCGGAUACGUGAUUAAUGGCACAGAUGCCGGCACUUGCCAAUACUGCCAGUAUGCGAAUGGCGACCAGUUCGGAGUGCAGUUCAGCGUCUAUUACAAAAACAUAUGGCGCGACUUCGGCAUCGUCUGCGGCUUCAUCGCGUUCAACUACAUCGUCAUCUACAUCUCGACGUGGUGGCGCUUUAGGGGAAAGAACCCUUUUAAGGGGGUGCAGGAGAAGCUGAAGCAGAUCAAGCAAAAAAAGUGAGGCGUCUGGUAGAGGAAAAACGGGAUGCUUUGUAGGAAUAGGGGGUUCGGGCCCGGCGGGACGGGGACUUAUUAAUUACAUUACAUUCACUAAUUCUACACGUAGGGAUAGGCGGGAAAUGGAUAGAUGCGACGAACGAUCGUUGCGUGGAUAGGCUUUAUGAAUAAUAGUCUAUUCUGUACAGUUGUUGGUUUUGUUGAUAAUUGUGACCUUUUGUCUGUUUUUCUAGGUUCUGAUCUACCUUGUAAGGGAUACCUGGGUAUGGAUCGUUAAAUUGGAGUAAUGGUGAUGAGGAGUUUUUAAGGUCAAGGCAUAACUUAAGCAAGCACUUCGAGUAAAAUAGAAUCAUAAUCGGAAGAAAUCAAGAUUGGGGGUAUCAAAUUA